AUGUCCCCUUUCAAAGAAGUAUUGAUAGAAGAUGAUAGCUCAGAUGAAGAUGUCGCUCUUCGUGAAUAUAAACGACCUCAAACUACCCCGAGUAGACUAUUGAUAGAAGAUGAUAGCUCAGAUGAUAGCUCAGAUGAAUGUGUCUUUACCACGAGUAGACUAUUCAUAGAAGAUGAUAGCUCAGAUGAAGAUAUCUCUGUUCGUGAAUUUAAACGAUCUCAAAGUACCCCGAGUAGACAUUGGAAUGCUGUUGAUUCUGGUGAUGAAAUAAACAAAAUACCAAAAGACUUGAUUAAAGAUACUCGCAUCGAUGAAGAUGUAACAUAUGACGCAGACAGUUUAGAUCGGUUAAAAAGAUCUCCAGCUGCUUCGAUGAAACUUGAAAGUGCUAUUGAUGCUGAUCCUGGAACAAGCAAACUAACAGACUUGAUGAAAGAUGUUCGCAUAGAUCAAGAUGAAAAAGAUGAAGCAGAAAGUUUACGUCCAUUUGGAAGAUCUUCAACUACCAGGAUGAAAAAAGAUAGAAUAGAUGAAGAUGAAGAUAACCUGUUUAAUCCAUUUAUGGUAUCCAGAUCUGAUAAGCGAAGACAAUUUCCAAUAUAUCGAGAAGAAAAAUAUGGAAAGAAAUAUCCAGAUGUACAUCCAGGGACAAUGUUUCGAGUUAUUUCGCCAAGUGAUGGUAAGUGUAGGUAAAGUCAAGGUCAUUACUGGAAGUCAAAAUUUAGUAGGUUCCUUUUCCCCUAUCCGGUCCUAAACUUCAUCGUGGUAUUUUAAUAUUUAUUUGGACAGUUGUUUCCUAUAAUGAGGCAACAUCCAGACUCCUAGCUCAAAGGUCAAAGUCACACUUGGAGAUCAAACGUCAAUAGGUUUGUUUUCCUAUUUCUGUUUGCCAUAAGUCCGUCAUUCAUCAAGGGUUUUAAUGCUGCUUGGUACUAAUGUUCCCCAUAAUGAGACAACUUGUUUUGCACAAUACCCAAACCUACCCCUAACACUCGCAGGUCAAAGGUCAUGGGACUUUUUUCCUGCCCGGUCCAUAACUCUUUCAUCCAUCAAAAGGAUUUUACUAUUACAUGGCACGAAUGUUCCCCAUAAUGAAAUAAUUUAUCAUGCAUAACAUCAAGAUCCCUAGCUAAACGGCCAGUGUCACACUUGGGAGUCAAAAAUCAACAUUGAUCUUUUCCUGUCCAGUCUGUGAAUUAUAUAUGGUAUACUUUAUUGUCCUAUCUGCAGCUUUUACAUCCUUGAGUGUAUAUUUAAAUAAUUUCGAAUAAAUAUUCAAUAUAACAAGCUGAUGUGUCAUAUGGGCCGAAUUAAGAAAAUGUUGGUGUAUUUUGUCAGAAUCACUUCCCUUUAGUGUGAUACAUUUUUCCUCUUAUUUUCUCAUCAAUUUAAAAGUAAAGUAUUAUUAAAAUACUUUUUAUGUAUCUAUAGAUGUCACAAGCAAGUAACAACUGUAUAUUUUAUGUCUGCUUAUUUUAAUCCAAACAUUGUGGGUUAUAACAUAUUUUAUAUGUAGCACACUACUGUAUAUGCAUUAUUGACAUAUAGAAGAUCAUUAAGUUAUACUGCAGUUGAGAUAAUUGUAGUCACCUUCCAGUAGGGGACCUUGUAUUGCUUGUCAAUACUUCAUUCAAUAGUUGACUUCUGUUAUAUUUAAAAUAAGUCAUUACUUUUACGCGAUACCUAAUCUGCUACCACAUGUAAUCACAGGAUAAUCUUGUUGUUCACGGAUUAGAAAAUAGUA